AUGGACGACAUCGACGAGCCUGUCAUGCGGCCGGCGUCGACGCCAGGUCGCAAAUCGUCCAAAUCAGGCCGCAGCCUGUCCGAUCCGCCCACCAACACGACACUGGCGCCCUCGCCGAACUUCAAGGAGCGUAGCAAGGACGACCAUGCCGUUCUUCCCACCACCCCGAGGCCUCCUCGGCGGCCCGAUUUUCUCUCUCGCGGACUGACAUUGCAGCUUCCGCCACCGCGGGUGGUCACUGGUGACGUGCCUGCGCCUGCUCUAUCACCAUUUGCGAUUCCUCUCUCGCCAAAGCUCGACACUCACCAACCGUACAUGCAAACACCGGGUCUUGCGCAUUCACCUGCCACAGCUCUGCCCCGCCAUUCACGCGGUCUGGACUUUUCACGGGCAUGCACAAACUUGCACCACUCAACUGUUCCUGAGCGUAACAGUCCAGACUCGUCGCCUGUCAUUACACAACGAGGUGUCAACAUCCCUGGACGUAAGAUGUCGGUGGGAAGUAUGGCGCUCGACUCGCCAAAUGUCAAUGGUCCGGGCAGCUUGCCUUGGAGUAUGGCGCAGGAGAAGGGCACACUGAGCAGUUCCAUGGGCAGCGUCAACAUGAUGGGGUCGGAGAGCGAGAGUUCUGAUAGUGAUGACGAUGCCAGCAUGGGAGAGGACGCGGAGGAUCCAAUGUUUACGACACCUCAAGUGCACAAGCUGCAAAAUCCGAACGCACCAACACCAUUCAACCCACCCACGACACCUGGCGGCAACACGUGGGGGACUGGCGCUCACUUCUCUCCGGCGCAGGCUUCACUGAUGAAGACAAUCAGAAGAGCGAGGUUGCAUAAAGGCGGAAAGAGAAGUAGGAAGAGCUCGAGCAGUGCUAGCAACAGCGGCUACAGCUCUUUGGCAUCGCCUCGAGCUCAGUCACCACCCGCGAUGAGGAGCAUCGAGGGUGCUGCGAACGGCGGAUACUUUUCGUGGGCAAACGCUGCGCGGAGUAGGCGAGAGAGCUUAGCAAUGGGCACGGACGGGUUGAAUAUCUCGAGUGGGAAUGACAGCGGUGAUGAGGCAUCCAUGACUGCGCCAUCUACUCCAGGUGUGGUACGGCGUCCUGUCGUCCGGCGCGGCAACCUCCUCCCCAAAACCAAAGGCUUUGCUCGAAUUCGUGCUGCAUUGAUGGAGGAAGCUGCACCUAUUGACACCGAUGUGCGAAAGGAAGCAGAGACAAUCCGACAAGUCAGAGAACGAGACAGCAGUGUUGGAGACCUCGACCUCCAGCACGAUCGUCCACAAACUGCAACCGCAGCUUCAUCACCCAACCUUCUACCCGCGGUGCCAGAAUCGGCACAAGAGGACUUUGGCAGAGAGACAGAGGGCGAUAGGGGCUUGGGAGUGAACUUUGCAAUUCACGCCAGCCGCAACAGCGGUGGCAUGGAGUAUUGGAACCGAUUUGACCCGUCCAUGCGGACACCACCUCCACCCAACUUUGCGCGGAACAGCAGCAGCGUGAUGUCCGACAUCGACUCGCCGAUGGGUGACUUCAUGCAAUGGAGACGGCCUCGAGCGAGAUCUUCAGCAUCAGAUGCUUCUGAAGCAUUUCAGCCAAAUGGCAGCAGCGCCAUUCCAACAGGUGUCAGCGACGAUCUGCAUCUUCAAAAGUUCAAGAAGCGACAACGCGAGGACGACUUCGAUAUUGCAACCAUCAAGCGACGCGCUGUGUCACCAGGCAUGAGCUCUCAGAACAGCCCCGUUCUCACGAACUCGCCGUCUGCCAAAGACUCUACUAUCAUCUGGGGCCAACCUCCGGAGAGAAGAGACAAGCGGGAUCCGUCAUCUGCUAAUAGCGAUGGCUCAUUGCCCGGGUCUCAGAACGCUCUACCGCUGGGAAGGGCAGGCGGUGGUGGGUCGGUGAGUAUGCCGAGUGGUGGGAACUUGGUCAGCCAAGGCAAGAAGUUGGGGUUGCAGCCCAUGGCUGAUACGAAUGACGGCUUGAUGAAGAUGAGCAUUGAGUGA